GUCUUGUUGUUUUCCACGCGGCGCUUCCUUGUGCUUCGCCAGUGUUGUCACUUACCUGUGUUCCCGGCUUGGGACUUCGAGGGCCCUGACUUCCACUUCUGUGUUCCCUUUUCCUCGCCGAGGGAAGGUGGCUACGAUUUUCGCGCGCACUUGGAAGCUCUUCACUUGGAGUCCUCCACUCCGGCGCCGCUCCUUCUUCUCUUUACACCUCUCACUUCACGUUUUCCUCAUGAACUCAAGAGAAGCUCACUAGGUGAUCAUUCAAGCUCACUUUCGAUUGAGUACGGGUAAAACAGAAUGGCUUUCAACUUUGGAGCAUCGAACCCCGCCGGGGGUAAUGCUCCUCCCGAGCUAGGCCCAGAUCUUCCAGACGUCUGUGCUGAGGAUGUCGGUUUCAAAGGUGUCGAUGGCGACUCCAAUGUUCGAAUUCUGCCCUCCCCAUGGCCCGAAGACGCUCUACCUGCUCCGACAUGUUCUCUUCUCGCUGUCGCGCCGACCAAAGGCAUAGUCGUUGCUGCUGGACCCAACGCCCUAGCCAUCGCCUCCUCCGACUCGAUCAGAACCGCCAUAUCCGCGCCCACCGAGGGCAAGGUCAAGACGAAACCGUUCCAGCCGCAAGCGACCAUUCCCCUCCCUGCGCGUCCUACACACGUCACUUUUGCCUCGAACGAUACAGCUCUAGUUCUGGCCACAGAGAACGGCGCACAGCUGUCGGUGUUUGAAAGCGCAAGCUUAUUAUCAGGGAACGCACAACCAGUGCUGUCGAUCCCGACAAACGGAACCACCUUUCGCACCAUUGCCGCCAACCCCGCGGAGGCUCUUUCCUCCUUUGUUGCGCUCGUGACGACGGGCGGUGAUCUCCUGAUAGCGGACUUGAAGGCAGGAAACUUGGUCUCAGGUCCCAAUGGCCAAGUGCUCAAAAGUGGAGUUAGCUCUGUUUGCUGGAGUAACAAAGGAAAACAGCUUGUGGCCGGUCUUGCAGAUGGCACUGGCUACCAAAUGACUCCGGAUGGCACGCAGAAGGAUGUAAUCCCGCGCCCUCCGGAUCUUGAAGGCGAUUGUCAUGUUUCCUCCGUUGCUUGGUUGGAGAAUGAUAUCUUCCUCAUGAUCUACACGCCGAACGUGAUGGAAGAUGACAUGGGCCAGACCCCUUCUUCGUCAUACUAUAUUAUAACGCGACGGAAACAGGCACCUUUCUUGAUCCAGAAACUACCCGAAUUGUGCAUGCCCUUUGGAUACAAGCGCGUCCCUGCCUAUCAGUUUAUUGCUCGCCUGCGGGACUACAAACCUCAUUUGAGAGAUACCCUCAUUGUGUCGUCCACGGCGGCUACUGAUGUGGGCUUGAUCACCAGGGCAGAUCAACCAUUGGCGAAGGAUGACAAUGCAAAGAACACCACAGGACUUUUCGUCACUACGGAAGUCACAGACGAUACAAAAAGAGCAAGUGUCCCACUGACGGACUCUUUGAACGAAACAACAGCUAUUGGCCUGGGGCUUGAUCUCUCCAGCAAGGAGAACGUCGUUGCUCCAAUUGCAGGCGAAGACAUUGUUGAGAGCUCAACUCCGCUGCCAAUGAUGUUACUGCUCAACAACGAGGGUAUUCUUUGCACUUGGUGGUUUUUGUACUCGGAAGCUAUUCGACAGAAGGUCCUCUAUCAAGGCAUGGCGUCUGCUGAUCAGUCACAAGCUCCUGCUCAGCAAACGCCGCAAGCACCCCAGGCUCAAGCUUCACCAUUCGGUCAAUCAGGUUUUGUUGCCUCAACAAUUGCAUGUAGCCCAUCUGCUCAAGGCCCUUGGCAACAACAUUCCUUCGGUGCAUCAUCUUUAGGUGCGUCAUCCUUUGGGUCCCCGUCGCAGACGGGCAAUAGCAAGCCUCAGUUUGGUCAAUCCGGCUUCGCCGCGCUGGGAACUUCCAACAAGACUCAAUUUGGCCAAUCUGGUUUUGCCGCACUGGGUACUGCCAACAAGCCUCAAUUUGGCCAGUCUGGCUUCGCUGCGUUGGGCGGAGGGGCUUCGACCUUCGGACAGCCUUCUACUCCUGGCAAAGGAGCCGGGUCUCUUCCGUUUGCCCAGUCAAGCACUGGCACUGGAGGUGGCUUCGGAGCUUUCGCUAACUCAGGUGGUACAGGAGGAUUCGGUAGUCUCGCGUCAAAACCGCUAGGCGUAUCCCCAUUUGCGCAAAUGUCGACUGAAAGCUCAUUCGCCAAGAUGUCAGGUACUUCGAUCUUUGGGCAAUCCAGCACGGAAACUGCCUUUUCUUCCCAGAAGACCGGGCAGACGACGGGAACAUUCGGGCUGGGUAGUGGUCCUUUUGUGGUUGGAUCCUCUUUCAAGGGCGAUGGUAGUGCUGCAAAUGAUCUUCCGAAGCCCGAUAAACCAUCGGGGCUAUUCUCCUUUAGUGAAUCAAUGGAUGAUAUGGUGUCUUCCAGCAAUAAGACCAGCCCACCAACGGAGGACAUGGAUGAUAUGGAAGACGAGAGCGCUACUCCUCAACAGAAGCCUGAGCCUAAGGCCACCGUGCCGUCGUUGUUCGGCGCACCGUCAACAGCUACAACAUCUGCGCCUAAAUCGAUCUUUGGCUCUCAAGCGCCGGUCUCGAAUCCCUUUGGUCAGCAGGCCAGCAAGCCCGCGUUCUCGUUGUUCGGUAAUAAUACGACACCUGCCAAGUCGCCGUUGGCUUCCUUUUCUACACCCGCAGACAUCGCUACACCAUCGAAAGAGCAGCCGGAAGACGAUUCCCGUACCCCGGGUGGCACACCUCAAGCCCCCCUACCUCCAGACCCGACCAGCAAGGCACCAUAUGGGCCCGGCGAUACAUCUGCCUCAUCGAACGUCUCUAGAGGCUCAGUCGAUGACAUGCCUUUACCGCCGGACUUCACCACUAGCAAGCCUGCUGCUAAAGAAACCGCAAGCGAACUACCCCUACCCCCAGACUUCACGACAUCUGACAAAGGAAAGAAAACGGAAGAUGAAGAAGAGGCAGUACCUGAAGAGGCUCCAUUGCCUCCGGACUUUAGCGUUCCGAAGGCGCACAAAGAAUCCGAGGAAGUCGCACCAGUCCCAGAUGAGUCGGAUGCGGAAGAAUCUGAAGGGGAGGACGACGCUUUCGAAGAAGGAGAGAGCGAGGAAGGUGAAGAGUCAGACUUUGCGGACAGUGGGGAGGAUAUCACACAAGACAUCAGCCAAUCGGGAUCCAAUGAGCCAAGCCCCAAGGCAUUCCCUCAAGGUGCUUUCAAGCCCGGCGCAAAGCUCACAGGUGGUUUAUUCUCCCCAGCUUCCAAGCCUGCCUCGGCACCAGCACAGCCUCCACGGUCAUUGUUCGGUGACAUUGGUAAUCCAAAAUUCCCUGCACUGCACCAGAACCGAGAGCAUCCAAGAUCACCUAGUCCAGUACGAGGAGCUGCGCCAAAGACUCUUUUCAAGUUGGACGGAAAGAAAUCUCUCAGCGCCCCUCAGAGUCCAGGUAGUGCUCUCACUGCCAGGAAAGCCUCUCUUACUGAACACCAAAGACGUGAGAGUCAGCUGAAGCCUAAGCCCUCUAGAAAGGAGCAAUCGCAACAGGACCUCCGCGCAAGGCAGUUGGAGGAGGAGGCACAGGCUCUUUCUGAUGAUGAUGAGGAUGAGAGACUCCGUGCAGACCUUGCACUGCCUUUGGAACCUGUUCCGACCCUCGAUCCUUUCUUGCCUCACCAAGACUAUGCUGGUGAAACCAGUAAGCCUGGUAUCCCUGGUCAGAUCGAACGGCUGUAUCGGGACAUCAACUCCAUGGUCGACACCUUGGGCAUCAACGUCCGUUCAUUGUCAUCCUUCCUUCUGUACCAGCAGGCGUCGAAAGACCCACAUUGGAUUGAGACGCUGAAGGAAGACAAUGCCACCGACAUACUCGACAAGGAGCUGGUUCUGUCCGAAAUCGAGAAAUUCGACGACGCUGUGGUCAUGCUUGCUGCCUCUCUGGAACAGCAGCGUGUCCAGGGCGUGGAGGAAAAGCUUGAGAGCUGUCGGGAGCUUCUGAGCAAGGAUAUCAUUACCCUUCGGGGUCAGUGUGCCAGCAUCCGCAAGACGAUUGAUGCCCACACUGACACGGCCGUGAUGCAUUACGCACCUCUUUCCGCAGAGCAUGCCAAUCUGCAACAAGACCUGCGGACGGCGUCUACUGAGAUCCAGGCUAAGUUGGCCGACCUCGAGUCUGCAGUGACGCUUCUGCGCGCCAAGAUCGCCGACGUUCCCCAGACGGGUGGCUCUCGCCUAAUGACGAAACGUCCCACCGUCGAGGCUGUCACGACUACCAUUCACAAAAUGAUGGAGAUGGCUGAAAGCAAGCGUAGCGAUGUCGAUGUUCUAGAGGCUCAGCUCAAGAGAUUAGGAAUUGACACGACUGCGCCGGCAGCGAGCCGGGAAGGGUCUCCGUUCGCGACGCCGAAGAAGAAUCUAGGACGGUUCCCCACCACCCCGGGAUCUCGGGGCUCGGUUGACGGGCCUUAUCAUACUCCAGAUUCCGCUAGCCGAGCCCUCACCUUCCGAUCCAGCAUCAACGGGUCGGCUAGGGCUAGUCGGCUUCGCAACGUGGAGGGCGCGAAGGAGCUGGUCAGCCCGGAGGAAACUGCACAAUGGAAGGCCAAGGUGCAACGCAAACAGCACAUUGUGGAAAGUUUGAGGAGCGCCAUUGGGGCGAAGAAGUCUCGAGUUCGGUCGGUAAAUGAUUUGUAAAACUACUUGUCUUUGUUGUUCUUGAGACAAUCUUGUUUACUGAUGGCUACUGGAUAUGAAUCAUGUUGAGAAAACAGCGGAUCUUUUCUGGCGUGGUUUUCUCUUCCUUUUAUUUUUCUGUUUAAGCAAUUGACAUUCGGUAGCAUCCGAUCUGUCUGUCUCCUGUAUAUAUUCAUUGUACUGUUUGUGCGUGCUUGUACGAAG